AAUCGUGUAGUUUGUCGGUGUCGCGAAUAAAUCAAGCGCUGUUAGCCAUUUUUAACGUGUUUUCCCGACGCAAAACUGAAUACUGAAACUUACACGUGCAAUUAGCAACUCACGUUAAAUUAAAAGCAAAAGAAGCUAUGAUUUUUGUUUGUGCUCUAACUGAUCGUCACUCUGCCUAAUAAAUGCACCCGAACUACAUAAAUAAAUAAAGUUUUGUUAUAACUUAAAGCAGUUCUAUGAUUUAUAAACCUAUUAAAAUAAUUUCCUUAGCGAAUAUGAUGCAUUCCAAUACUCCGCCACCUGUACCGCCGCGUACAAGCAGCCCAGCUAUGUCAGAAAUUUCAGUUGGAUCCCCGAGUCCACCUAUUGCACACACCCAUCAAAUGACAGCUUUUCGGCCUAUUAAUCCCAAACGUCUGCGUUUAACAAACGAACGUGUACAAACACCGAUGAGAGCGAAUAGUUUGGCUUCUGCAGCAACAAUCUCCAGACGAAAAUCUUGUGCAGAACGUGUGAAAAGCUUCUCCAUAGACGAUAUUCUAGGACAAAAAACUGUAUCAGACUCAGCAUCAACUGAAUCUCAAAUAAAUUCAUUAGCUGUCUUACCAUCACCUACAACCCCCGCACUAGCAGCUCCACAACUCUUAAACGAACGUUUACAGGUGCCACCAGCGCACUUAAUGCUUGAUGUUCCGUCCGCUCUUACAAAAAUGCCACUACAAGCCUGGGAUCCUAUGCAGAGUAGUUUACCGAUGAGACCUUUCUUUCCACCUGCGCUACUUCAUUAUGAGCAAAGACUCGCCUGGGAUUACCAAAGACAAUUGCAGGAACAUUUUCAGGUACAGUUACUAAGGCAGAUGAACAUGGGCACAAAUAUAAUUGCUUCCGAAGACGGUUCAGAGCUUUCUCGUUCUGGUUCAACUGGCAGUGAUUGUUAUUCUCCGGAAAUAAAUGUGAACGGUGAUUCUAAAAUUACUAAAACAGAUGCAGAAACAAACGAAGAGAGUGAUAGUAACAUAGAAAGUGAUAAAAAUACCAAGCAAUCAAAGGGUGAUGGAAGCAAUACUGGAAAGAAAUCCAAUCUUGAUACACCGCUAGAUGCUCUAUUUCAGUUAUCAACGAAAAACUUUGAUGAAGAACAAGGUAGGUGCAGAAUCUAAAAAACUAAAAUAAUUAAUG